AUGGAGGCCGUCCCUCCGGUCCGAUCCAGCCUCUUGGGGACUCUGUUGGCGGUGGUGAAGCUCUCCACACUGCCGGCCCAGAACUGGGCCCACCUCUGCAAUUUCCUGCCCCUCAACCACCUCUUUAACCACUGGCUGUCAGGGCUGACCCAGGAGGCCCAGGGGUCCCACCCACCCGCCAAGAUCUCAGCCUGCCCCGUGGGCCGGGUUCUACAGGUUGCAUUGACAGUCCCUGUGUGGCUGGUGCGUCGGGCGCCCAGGCUGGUGUGGGCAGGCGUGCUGGGCUGUGCCCGGGCCUCGGGCCUGACCCCGAAGCAGCUGGGUGCCUGGGAGCAGUUGGGCCUCUCUGCGGCCACCUGGACAGACCUGCUCUUGUCAUAUCUGCACGGCCUGAUGCUGGCUGCCGGGCUGCUGCUACUGCCGACCUGGAGACUGUGCCAGAAAGCCCACUGCUGCAGCCUGGGCCAGCUGCCCAGGAAGGCUCUGCUGGAGAACCGCGUGGUGCUGGGGACACCGGCGCUGCUGAAGCGUCUGCACUGCGGUGUGGAGAGCAUGGCAGAACUCACCUCCUGGCACCUGGCCUACCUUGUCACCUGGACCACCUGCCUCGCCUCCCACCUGCAGCAGGCUGCCUUUGAGCACACAGCCCAGCUGGCCCAGGCCCAGGAGGCUGAGCCCCAGAAGGUCUCAGGGCUCUUGUGUGAGUCCCCGCUCCCUGAGCCCCGGGCCCCCGAGGCUGGGCCAGUUCUGCCGGAGCCUGGAGCUCCUUCCGAGGGGGCAGGCCUGGCCUGGCCCUGUGGGGAGACUCUGAAGGGCUCCCAGCUGGCCGACCAGGCAGAGCACCUGCUGGGGAAGGCCCUGCAAGGUCCUGGUGAAGGGCUCCUGACCCCAUCUGAACCCCAGGAGGGCCAGUGGUGUCAAGGUGCAUCUCGGAGGAUGGGGGAGUACUGGGCAGACCCCUGGCAGAACAGCGAGACCUGCAGACCCCCAAGCCCGGGCCAGGGGCUGGUCCCUGGUCCUCCAGCCCCACCUGGCCCAGCCCGGGCUCCUCCGGGAGCUCCCAUCUCUGAGAUGAGGACACUGCACCCACACAGGAGCUAUGGGAAACCUACGUGGCAGUCCCCAGGGGAGCACCACUGUUUGGAGGAGGAGACCGAGGGGCGGGGCCUCCAGAGCAAGGCUGCAUCCUCUGAGAUUCUCCUGGGGUUGCACUGUGUCCCCGCACCCCAGGGACGCUGCCUCAACGGGCAGGGCAGCGUGCCCUCCCACUGCUGCCCCAGCUAA